GUUGAAUUCCGGGGCAUUGUGCCGACUUUCGUUAGUUUGUUCCCGUUUUUCAAGAUUGCUUAUGUGUUCGGUGUCACUUUACCCCGUGUGGUAGCCAUAGAGUAACCGGCAACAUAGCUGCGGACUGUUCGGAAAAGGCUGUUGCAGCAAUAAAAAAAUCUCUUCAUACUCUGCUCGCUUUGCUAUCGUAUUGCUUGGGACACCUUUCUCUUUAUGGAUUAGCUAUGGCAUAGCAGGAGGAAGUGCAAACCCUGCUCUGCCGCGGAUCCGACUCCACAGCAUCUAUAUCGAGCAUAGGAAACCUGCAAUGCAUUUCCAAAAGGAAGUGUGAGUGAAAGAGGGUCAACCGCGAGAUGUGUACCGUCCGUGCAAAGAUGAGAGAAAGCGUUUGUUUUUCUUUUUCAUAGUGAGAUUGUGGUGAAAAUUGGUGUGAAGCUCAUAUGACGGUGUACUAUCGAAAUCUGCAAACUAUGUUGGGGGAUGUGAGCUGCUAUGUUGUCCCAAAGGAACCAUGUGUGCGAAUAUACAUGUUUACCAAACAGUGUUUUUUUUCCUUAAUCUAAUUUGACCUCGCACGACACAGCUGUGCAGGAGUGUGCUCACAGGUGACUGAGUGAAUGGUGCAUCUUUUGCAUUCCAUAGUGCAGUAAUUAUACGGUCUCUGUUUUCGUUCAAAAUGCAGCAAUGUCACCAACAGUUGCUUCAGUGCAGUGCCAGAUUUUAGUGCGAUUAGCGAACAAAUCGGAAAAGCUAUAAGAUCGCCGACAAUAUGAUAAAUUAAACAUUAAAGUAAUACGCUCUGUGAUCGCAGCUCCAGUACGCAACUCGGUCGUGUUCAGUGCCGUUUUAGGUGUUGAGCAAUAUUAUUUGCUGUUCGACUCCCUACUCUACCGUGUUAAUGUGCAUCACUGACCAAAAACUCUAAGUUAAUCGCGAGACACAAUGCAGCUCCAAACACUGGGGUACGACACAUUCUGGUUGUAUUCAAUAUCGGCCGUUGUAAUGGUCAGCAUGAUCACCACGAUAUUAUCAUGCCUCUGCUGUCGGCGGAAACAGGAGAUGAAAAAUGAUCUGCUCGGGCUGGAAGGUAUGGUAAAACUCACAAAUCCUGAGGACACCCUGUUACCCACUAGCUCAAACAUGGCAAUAAAUGCAUCAGCCAGCACUGCAAACGGUGCAAAUGGAAUAGCUUCAUCAAACACGGCUAAUCUACGUCCUGCCAGUGUUGGCGGUGCUUUCGGUUCAGAUAUUGAGAGCAGCAAUAAAAGGACUUCCAAUGCUCCUCAUCGAAGCCUUCCAGAUAUACCAAUCGCCGAACCCACCGGUGAUAACAAUUCAGAACUGUAUGCAACCGUGGGCGACAAAGUUCAGGAUCUUCCGCAGGGAAGGAGUCCAUCGGCCAGUUUGAAAAAACAAACCAGUGUAUCGCAACACAGUUCCAUCAGUCAGGCGGAUGAUAUAAGUUCUCCUUAUGCACGAGUCAGAUCUCCGCCACAUGCAUAUGACAAAUUGCGCCGCAUGGAACAUCCAUACGCGCAAGUAGCACAGGCUGGAUCUGGUGUUGGCGGUAAUGUGUACGAUGGUGGCACUAGUGGCCCUUCUGGAAUAGCAAACCGUUCAAAGCCGCGGGACGGCGAUGCCGAUGACGAUGAAGACGAAGAUGACGACGAACUGAUGAGUCCUAUUUCACGCCGUGAAUCGACGCAGAAUAUAGAGGAACGAGACACUUCAACCGUGGAUAUUCCGGCUGCGUCUGCAAUUGCUGGACGUGUUUCUGCUAGUCAAGAUUUACCAUACAUGACUCCUCCCAUUGUUCAACCUUCAACGCAGCAUUUUAGUGGUGAUUCUCAGGAUUCCUCAAAGGGCUACACAAGCAUCAGUGUGAGGGAACCGUUGGCUAACCUAAUGCCACAGAACAUGCCCAACCAGACCACGGCCAAACGAAGACAGGUAUUGGGCGAUUCGCACUAUGCUACGGUAUCGGACGAUUCGGACGAAAUGUACGCCGCGAUUGAUGAUCCGGGAAAUCAAGGUGAGCUGUACACUAGCGGAUCGGAAACGUACGCACAAAUUCAGCCUCCGAAUGCAAUGACUGUAUCAGUUGAAAUAAACACGGGGGCAUCGAGCCGGCCUCAACCUCCACCAAUGCAAACGCUGCAUGCUGCAAUGAAUGAUUCCCUUGAUUCAGCCGGCAGUUCUACUAGCACCAAAAUGAAUUCCACAACGCCGAAUCGGCUUAGCAAUCAUGGCAAUAUGGUAACAUCCGGUGACGAGCAUAGCCAUGGACACUUUACCUCCUCAUCUGCCGGGACUGAGGGUGGUUUAAAAGCACAAACAUUUGUUCAACACUCACGCCAAGCCUCAUCCUCGAGUUGUACUAGUUCAGUAGGAAAUUUGGGCUCACCAAAGCCGGAGAAACGACAAGCAAACAGCCCUUUACCUCCAACGCCAAAAACAUUAAAACAUCAAGCAAAUAAUUUCUUCAACACUUCGAACCAGUCGAUGAUUGGAUCUGGUAGUGUAGCGUCAUCAAACGCUACGUUAAUAACCUCUGGACGUAACUCAGUUGCCUCGGUGAUUGAAUGUAGCGGCGGUGGAUCUACAGCAAUCAACAGGGAAAACACUGUUAACAAAACUAGUGCAGAUAUUGAUAGUACAAUGCUACCUAAUGGUGUUCCAUCCGGUAGCAAACAGAAGAAAAGUCCAUCGAAGGAUUUGGAAGGAAUGUAUGCAAAGGUUAUGAAAAAGAAUAAGUUAUCAAAAGUUCCAUCGCAAAAUUCAUCUCCUGUUCCACUGCGCAAAGACGGCUCAACCGAUGAGCAGCACCUGAAGCAACAGUUCCUGUCAGACUCGGAUAUGUCUCAGUGUAACGAUAGUGGAUCAUUGUACGGUGGCUCACCCAGUAAAAAUGUGAUCGGACCACAGCGUAAUAGUACCGGUAAUUGCCAAAAUAAGGACCCUGGAUAUGAGACCAUUCCCGGCGACAGCAUAAAGGGUAUGGAAAUGGCCCGUAAAUCUGCCGACUAUGCGCAGAUUCAAAAAUUGCAUCGCAAUCACGCAGCUGCUGGUGGGAUGACAGUUGGCAACGUGUUGCCAGGCGGUGAUGGAAAUUCUUUGAGCGCGUUAGUGGCGCAAGCGAACGCAGAACCAGGGUACGAAAGUUUGCCAGACACGCGUGGGAGCCUCAACGACCCUGGAUAUGAAACGCUCAAUCGUGGCUCAAACCGCACAGAAUCGGACUCUGACCCAAAUUACGAAAUAUUGCGUCCAGCUAGCAGCAAACCAUCUGCUGCGAAUCAAUCAUCAGCGACACAUAAUUUGAGAGGAAACGCUGAGGACACCAGUCGUGAUAGUGAUGGUUACAGUAGUAUACGGGAGACCGACAAAACACUCCAUCAAACUACGAGAAAUGGGACAAGAAGCCGAUUGAAUUUCGGAGUAUCGCGAGGAACGGCAGAUGAUGAAGAUGCGGACAGCAAUACGCCAGGAUACAGCAGUAUCAAAGAGAAGGAUGAUUACGAUCCCGGGUAUAGUGUGAUAUCGGAACGGAAAAAUCCUCCACCAGGUCAUGAUUAUGCCAGCAUAACGGAAGAAGCAAAAAAACGAAAACCAAAUAUUAACAACAAUCUAGAACCGGAAGACGAGUCGGAUAUAUAUUCCAGCAUACCUCAUACCGCGUCCGGUACACUGACGCUUCCUUCACCAUCUGCGUUAGUGGUAGGUGGUGGCUCUGGUCUGGGAACGGGUUCAUCGGGGAUCUCUGGUGGUAUUAUAGAGACCGGUGUCAACUUUACACCCAUGCCCGACCGAACCGGCUCUGUAGGUAUGGGAACGCUUUCCUCAUCUCCAGGAUAUUCCAGUAUUUCGGAAACUCGCACCACGCCCUCUUCAACCGAUGGAGAUGGUGAUGGAAGUACAAGCUCCCCGGAUCAGCUGAUCGGAUACAGUAAGCAUAAUAGCAACACCAAUACCACGGUAACGACCAAUAACAGUCUUAGUCGAAUAUCGAGCAACUACGAAUCGCUCACUGGAAGUGAAUCUGAUCCAAACUACGAAUCAGUGAAAUAUCUCAACGUCAAGGAAAAUCCUUACGAACGAUUGCACAAUGAAGCAGUCGGAGGAGGUGGUGGAGCGGCAAGCGGUGUAGAAUCUGUUACUAAAUCAUUAACGAAUGAUUCCAUUACAACUGAUUCGGAUACUGCAACUCCAACGCCUGUAACCCAACCAGUGUUACCUGCUGGUGGUAUCGCAAUCGUCCGCAGAGGUCCGGGCACACCGGAUAGUGAUGGGACAGGGACAGCGGCGGUUAGUGAUUAUUUUCAAGUUUGAUUUGUUUUAGCUUAGAUCGUCCCUUAUCCCACUAUAGAACGCAUUCGCUGAGAAGUGAUUAUUUUAUCUCAGACAAAUUUUGACUUUAUUUAUUUAUUUAAAACUAAAUCCUUGUUAUCAUUAACAUAAAUUUCAAACGAAUGACAACGUUGGAUGCGAUGGGUUGUAGCGAUUGCCAUCCACACCAUCUGAUAGGAGUAAUGGAAGCAUAUAGUAGUGUGGCUUGUGGUAACCACAGCGUUAUAGUGCUUCAACCCACGAUAUUAACUAACUGUCCAGUCUUUAGGCUUCGGUGAUUAUUGCAAUGCAACUGUGCUGUACCAUUUGUGUGUAAUAUUACUUGAACAUUUGAUGUAAAUUGUGCCUGUUAAGAAAAACAAACAACUAAAAAAACACGCACACAUAUAGAGUAUGGGAUAGCAACUGGUAGGAGAACGAAAAGCACUGUAUUCUUUUUCUUAAUUCUUUUUAUUAGCACUGGAGAUAGCAUUUGCAUGCAUAUUGUGUGCGUUUAGUCGUGAUAGGUACAUUCACGCGGUUUUUGAGUACGAGGAAAGGUCGAAGGCAUUUCUCUUCCACCAAAUUCAUGCAAUAAGGCAUACUUGGAGUUCGGAGUAUACAACGAUAAAAAGAGAAACAUCGACUAUGAUUAAACUACAACUGGACUGAUCGGGAAGUAUCCCCAGUAAGCAUCCCACCAUAUACAGACAAGAGGAAACAAAAAAAUAAUUUCGUACGUGUAUUGGAGCUGAUUGCUUGUAGAAAAUGUCGAGAAUUUGUUCGAUCAUGUGAUUUACAAUUGGAGGAAAGUAUCUUUAGGCAAGGGAUAGUGAGCAUUGCCACAACGAAAACUUUAGCUAAAAUAAGAUAGGGGCACCGGUUUGGGGAGGAGAGUCUGUUUUCUGGAAGUUAAAUAAUUUCGCAUCUUCGAUCGUUCCAAAUCAUUACCUGGAUAGCAUCUUUUUUUUUUAUCUGUGAAAGUUCUGCAAUCUGUAUUAGUAAUUAGUAAUAGUAACCUACACUUUAGACAACAGCAGAACAUGAAACAUAAAAGCUCUGCUGCUGUCUUCUACAACAACGUCUUGCAACGCCCGUAAUUAUGUAUGUUGAUUGUACAUAUGCCAACUACGCGCUUCCUAACGUUCACUGUACCUUUAUGUAUCACUCUUAAAGAAAGUAUUGUUUACCACCACCAGGGAAAAUAUUAGAUUAAUUAUUGAUUUUGUUUAUCUUCUUUUUAAACCCGCACGGACCAAGGUGUUUUGUUUGUUUGUUUAUUUGUUUUUUUUAAUAAUACUGUUUUCCGAUCAGCAUUAAUUAUCGAUUGUUGUUACAAGCUUUAUAUUAUUAUAUUAUUAAUAUACGUAAGCUUUAAAGACGUAAAAUAUUUUUUGUAUUUAUAUGACCUAUUCUACUAUACCAUCGGCAAUGUCUGCAUAGCUAAAAUAAAGAAAUAAACAUUACUCAUAUAAUGCGAGAAAAGGGGACAAAAGCAGCAGCACCCAAAACCCCCCUUUCCUGGGUUCAGGGCGCAGAAGCAGCAUGGUGUUGAUGACACUAUUACGUUAUUAUUACUUGUUUCAUUCAUGUUGGUUGUUAUUAUUUUUUGUGCUUUGUUCUAUUUUCCGUGCUUGGUAUGCAGCAUAUUCUCCAGUGGUGGGUAAUGCCAGACCGGAGUGUUUGAAUACAUUUAGGGAAAAAUUAUAAAUAGACCUGAAGUCGAAAUUAUGUUUUUUUUCUGCACAACUUAAAUAUUCCAGCAUAAUAAUUUAAGGUUAAUGAAUUAAAAAAGAGCGAUAUAUAUACACAUUUAAAAAUUACUGUUCAAACUUUAACAUGAGAAAAUGAAAAGCAAUUUAACAAUUCUUAUACACAACGUUACAAAAACAAGAUGCAAAGCGAAAGUUUACGAAUGAAAUUUAUAACCCUUUGUGAAUAAAUGUAAAACAAAAUGAAGAUCUAAUUAAAUUGAAUACUUACGAAAAUGGAA